UUCCUAGUGCGUGGAAGAAAUGGCCGAGAGAGAGAGAGAUUGUGGUUUUGCGGUUGGGCUGCUCUGGCACUCUUCAUACGCCUGCUUCUCAAUCCCAUUUCUCUUUCCUUCACCUCUCGUCCUGAGAUUGCAUCCCCUCUCACUAGUAUCCGUCGAUUGGCAGAAGGUCAAUGGUUAAAACAAUCAUCAUUUUCUCCUUAUGCAGGAUCUAUGUACCAUGGUUCACCUUUGUUACUACCGGUUCUAGGCCCACUGACUGUGAGUAGAACUGGAGGAGUCCCAAGUCACAUUUUACUGAGUUUGGUGUUAGUGACUGUAGAUGCUAUCUCUGCGAUGCUUAUUCGCGCAACUGGGCAAAAACUUCAAGCAGCAUAUAGCAGGAGCUUGGGUUUGCUAAACCUUUCCAGACCAAUUGAGACUUCAGGCACUCUGGAUUCCGGAGAUGUUGCUGCUCUUAUAUAUUUACUUAAUCCUUUGACAAUAGCUGCUUGUGCGGGUUCCUCAACAUCAUCUAUUGAGAACUUGAUGAUUCUAUUGACUGUCUAUGGGGCUUGUGCAGGGCUGUGUACCUCCCUUGGCAGCUUUGGAUGGGUCAUUGCAACACAUUUAUCUGUUUAUUCAAUGAUGCUUGUCAUACCCAUUAUUCUCUUAUUAGGGUAUGGGCUGGACACACCUCCAAAGAAACUGUUCAAGACAGUUGAAAAGCAGAAGAAAUCAGAUGCACAGGAAAGUUCUAUGUCAAAGCCUAUAAAAAAUUCAUUGUGUGAAUGGAACACUCUGCAAGAUCAAUUGGUCCUUUCUUUUUCAUGGAGACCAAUUAUGCACUUUAUGUUAUGGGCAGGGUUCUGGUCAUUGUACGUACUGGGCUUGUGCAGUGUUUCCCUUAAAGGUCAUGGUGGUUUGCGAGAGAUGUUCAACAAAACAUAUGGGUUUAUUCUUAAUGUGGAGGAUCUAUCCCCAAAUUUAGGUGUCUUUUGGUACUUCUUUGCAGAAGUCUUUGACUAUUUUAGAGUUUUCUUCCUAUUGGUAUUCCAUGCAAAUAUAUUGUUCAUGAUAUCGCCACUGUUCAUUCGUCUUAAUCAUCGACCAUGCUUCCUUGCAUUUGUGUACAUUGCAAUCUCUUCAAUACUGAAGUCUUAUUCUUCUGUAAUUGGUGCUUCUGCUCUUUACCUUGGAAUGAUGGGAUUGUUUAUUCAUGAAUUAGCAGGAAUGCGCUUCUCACUUUUUCUCUUAAGUGGAUACAUUGGGGUUUCUCUCCUUAGCCCUGUCAUGCAUAACCUUUGGAUAUGGAGGGGUACUGGCAAUGCGAACUUCUAUUUUGCAACAGCUCUUGCCUAUGCUUGCUUUCAGAUCCUUCUUGUCAUAGAGAGUGUGGGCACUGUGUUGGACCAUGACAGGACAUCGAAACAACAGCGUAAUUCAAAGACCAGUACAUGAUUGUUCUUGUCAAGGAAGGACGUUGGGUCCAUUGUAAAAUAUUUGAACAAUCAGUUUUUGGGGACAUGAAGACUGUUGGUUAUGGUAGAGAUUAGAGAGAGAGAGAGAGAGAGAGAGAGAGAGAGAGAGAUUCAGCUGGAAUAUUUCUAUUUAUGUGAAAUUCCAACCCAGGCAAUGAUGGUUACACUGCCGAGCAGGGGGGGGUUGUUGGAAAAUGUAGUAUUCAGAAGGAAUAUUUCUAUUCAUUUGAAAUCUGAGCGGUGGCAAUAUGAUGGUUUCUGUGUACAGUAAAUCUCAAUGUUUCUUUGAGUCGCCAAUUCAAAUAUCCAAAAUGUUAUCACAAGA